AUGCAGUCACCAAAAAGAAAACUGGAGGAGGAAGGCGAUACGGAAGCUUUAAAGACAGAUCAAGAACAAUCAUCAAAAGAUGGCGGCGCGCUUGAAGCUAAAAUGUCGCUGCUCAAUGGCAUCACGGUUAUUGUUGGCUCGAUCAUUGGCAGCGGCAUUUUUGUGUCCCCAACCGGUGUAUUAAAAUACACUGGCUCUGUCAAUGCAAGCCUUAUCGUAUGGGUAGCGUCUGGAGUUUUCAGUAUGGUAGGAGCAUAUUGUUACGCGGAGCUUGGAACUAUGAUAAGACUAAGUGGUGCUGAUUACGCGUACAUUAUGGAGACUUUCGGACCCUUCGCAGCAUUUAUGAGACUUUGGAUUGAAUGUAUGAUAGUCAGACCGUGCUCUAUGGCAAUAGUGGCGUUGACCUUUAGCACGUACGUGUUAAAGCCCAUUUUCCCUGAAUGCAGCCCCCCUGAAGACGCGACGCGUUUGUUGGCUGCCUGUUGUAUUUUAUUAUUAACAUUCGUCAACUGCUGGUCUAUUCGAGCUGCUACACGUGUUCAAGAUUGGUUUACUUAUGCCAAACUGUUCGCACUUUUCAUUAUAAUAGCUGCCGGCAUAUACCAACUAAGUCGAGGAAAGGUGGAACAUUUUACAUUUGAAGGGACCACCAGUGACGUCACGUCUAUAGCACUGUCUUUUUAUUCUGGAUUGUUUGCUUAUAAUGGAUGGAAUUACCUAAAUUUUAUAAUCGAGGAACUAAAAGACCCAGUACGGAACCUUCCUCGAGCCAUCGCCAUUUCGUGCACGCUCGUCACUAUCGUGUAUACAUUCACCAACGUAGCAUUCUACACAACGCUGUCACCAACUGAGGUCCUAGGUUCAGCGGCGGUAGCUGUUACAUUCUCUGAGCGUCUGUUCGGCGCGUUCGCUCUCUCUAUACCGAUGUUCGUAGCCGCGUCGACUUUCGGUGCUGUUAAUGGCGUGCUUUUAACUUCAUCAAGGUUAUUCUACGCGGGUGCUGCACAAGGUCAGAUGCCGGGCAUGUUAACUAUGGUUUCAUCUCGUUCCACGCCGGCCCCAGCCGUCAUAGCUGUGGCAAUACUAUCUCUCAUGUAUCUUACAGUGUCAGAUAUCUUCGCGUUAAUCAACUACGUCGGAUUUGCUACUUGGCUAAGUAUAGGAGCGGCGGUUCUAUGUUUACCAGUACUGAGAUACACACAACCGAAUUUAGAGAGACCCAUUAAAGUUAACUUGUUCUUCCCAGUGAUAUACAUAAUCUGUACGAUACUCGUGGUCGCGUUUCCCGCGUAUGCGUCACCCGCGGAAACGGGGGUCGGCUGUUUAAUGAUACUGACCGCUGUUCCCGUGUACCUGCUGCUGCUCGAACCUAAGACGAGGCUCUCCGGACUUGGAUUUAUUACUGAUGCCGCUACCCGUUUAAUACAAAAAUUGACAUUAUCUGUGCGACCAAAGACAAAGUAA